AUGGCGGUCAUCCACCCCAAUAUGAUGCCGCCGGUGCCACCCUCUCACCACCCGCCUGCCACUCAUGCCCCCUCCAACGAGAUCCCCCGGGUCAUCCAUGACCCCCCGACGAGGCUGAUCCAUCCCGGGCAUCUGGCCGACCAAAUGGCGCGACUUCAGGUGAACCCAGAUCAAUUCGGCCCCGCCAAGGCCCCCAAAUUCGAAGAGUUCCCGGCGUCCCCCAAAGGAGCGGACUCCAUCGAGUACCGCGGAUUCACCUUCUUCAAGGCCGACUCGACGCCCGGCAAUCGGUCCACCUGGACGCAUGCGGAGAAUACCCCGAUGCACCUGAGCCAGGCCGACCUGCUGCGCCUGGUGCACCGGCGGGCCAAACGGUUCGCGGCCACCGAGCAAUACCAGUCCCUGUCCCGACUGAAGCGGGUCCACGUCGACCGGCUGAUCGAGGAUCUGAAGCAGAGGGACCCCCACUCCGAGUGGACCUGCGUCUACGUCAAGGAGGACGAGAAGGCCGUCAAGGGCAAGAACUCCCGUCGCGGGGAUUACGAGACCGUCUCGCUGGACAUCAUCCUCAUGAAAACGCCGACCAGCGCACCAGGCUUCGCCAAGGGCCCCUUUGACCGACACGUGAGUUUCGGGUCCCCGACUGCGCCGCCCAAGGAGCGCGUUUCCACCUCGGGUCAUCCCCCGAUCAUCAACGUCGAACCGCGAUCGAUCCACCCGGGUUCGGAGCGUGGGGGCCCUUGGACUGCUCCAGGGCCUGUGCAUCCGGGACAGGGGGCCCCCGUGAUCAACAACGGGCCCCAAACGGGUCCCCAGUUUCCGCCCGCCCCGCAGUUCCGUCCGCCGACCGCCGCCCCCGCUCCACACGAUCAGCAGAUGCCCGGCGCGUGGCCUCCCAGGGCGCACCCCCCUAACGCGCACCCGCCACCGGACGAGCACGGGAUGCCUCGAGGACACCCCGCAGACCCCAGGGACCCCGGGCAGGGUCCUAUGAUGGGAGGCCCGGAUCCCAGGGCGCGAGAGAUCCCGGUCGGCCCAGAUGGACGGCCCCUGCAGCGCAUGCAACCACCGCAACAUCUGCCACCCCAUCAACACAUGCCACCUCAUCCGCACAUGCCACCUCAUCCGCAAAUGCCACCUCAUCCGCAAAUGCCACCCCAUCAGCACAUGCCACACCCCCGACACAUACCCCCCCAGCACAUGGCCCCCCAGCAACCCCCCCAGCAACACAUGCCCCCUGGAUUGGAACAGAUUCGCGGCGAGUUUGCUGCACCGACUCCCCACCCGGCCGCCCGAAGCGACGUUCCUAUGGCGCCGCAUGCCCCCCACGCCGCCCACGGGCGACCUUCGCACCCCGGGGCGUUUCCGGGACUGGACGCGGAGGCGGAGUGGGGGCCGGAGUCGAGCAGCGUGGAGGACGACGAGCCCGAGCUGCUGGACGCCGAAGAUCUCAGCUCCGUGACGGAUGGCUCGGACGAGGAGGACGAGUUGCACCCGCCGGAGGGGUGGCGAGGGAGCCUGUACCAGCGGCACUCGCCGAUCAAACCGGCCUCGCAGGCGCCGCGAUACCGUACACACUACCGCAAGCAGCCCAGCAAGAGCCGGUCGGCGUCGAAGCAGGGGCGCCGACGCUACCCGGGGGGCGUUGUGGACGUGGUGCCGGCGGACAGCAAGCACGGGUCGCGGCGGGCGGCCAAGGGGGGCAGCCGGGAGCUCCUGCCCCGACCAGCGCGACCGACGGUCAUCCACGGGCCUGUUAGUUCCGAUGAUUUGGAUCUAGCGCUGGUGGAGGACCCGUUCCGCGGAGGGCGGGCCCGAAACGACAUUCGCACCCGCAUCCUGGACGAUCGCGAGGCGCGCAUCGAGCGACGGGAGAAGAUGAUAGACUACCGGACACGACUGCUGGAUGAGCGAUUGAACGAACGGUUGGACGACCGACUGGACGAGCCCUAUUACCUGGGUCGUAGCAUGUCCCUGCGCGAGCCGACGUCCUACCACCCGUCCCGACGAUAUAGCGGCUAUGUCCCGGGGGGGCUACAUUGA